CUACCAUUUGCGCCUGGCUCUUUCUUUAUGGGACAGGAUAGGUACUUAGUAGGCACCGACAAUAAUUGGCCUGAUGAGAAAUCGACAGGUACCUCAAAAAAACGACAUAUAACUGCUCGCAGGAUAUUUUUCUCUUCUCAUCUAUUUUCUACUCUUUGCUCUAUACGCUCGUUCUUUGCCCUGCUCCCUUGCCGCCAUCGCAUCAGCAUAUUGCUUGCUCUCAACGGCCGUUCUCAAGGCCACUAGCGACAUCCUUCGAUCAAGUUCCUCCGUGCUCCAUCCGCCUUUGCGAAUUCUAGGGGCCAAACCCCGCUAGUUUGUCCGAAGUAGCAGUGAGAACUCGAAAAAAAGGGAGUGAGAGAGGUUGAUACCAAACAACCACCACAAUUGGCCCAUUAACGAGAACCGUCAGAAAUAUCUCAAAAAGGACCCUACUGCCGAGCUACACAAUCCGAAACGUCAUGGCGGACGUCCCUCUUCUGGUCAUUUCGGAGUACGCCGCCUCCGAGCGCCGCAUCACACCCUCAUGGACAAUCUUCCAGCUCAAGACAAAGCUCGAGCCGGUCACAGGCAUCCCCCCUUCAUGCCAGAUACUCAGUCUCAAAACAUCAGCCGGCUCGGAAAAAAUCCCAGUCGAGGCAGCAGAUGAAGACGCCGUGCGACUGUCCAGCUUUCCCCUGGCUCCGUAUGCAGAGCUGCAUGUUGUUGAUACCCGCCCACCUACAGCCAGGCCUAACUUCACCGAUACUUCAGGCGUUGAAAAAUAUGUAAUGCCCGAUGAUGAGUACGAGAAGAAGACAGACUCUGUGCUAGCAUGGAAGAAGACGGAGAAACUUGGCCGAUUUGACCCUACAGCGCCAAGCCGUGAGGAGGCUAAGGUGGCCGCCUUUAGGGAAGAGAUUGCCCAGCGUGGCAUCGAGGUCGGUAAGAGAUGCCGUGUUGGCGGAGAGGACACUCGUCGAGGUGAAGUCAAAUACGUGGGCGACGUUCAAGAAAUUCCUGGUGGUGCUGGGCCGUGGGUGGGGGUUCAUCUAGAUGAGCCUGUGGGGAAGAACGACGGUAGCAUCUCAGGCAAGCGUUAUUGGGGACAACCGUCAGAGCUAAAGCAUGGUGUUUUUGUAAGGCCAGAAAGGGUGGAGAUUGGAGACUAUCCUGCUCUGGAUGAUUUAGAGGAUAUGGAGGAGAUUUAAACAAGAUACUACCUGGAUAACCAGCAGAGCAGAUGAAUAUCCAGGAAUUGGUUCUACGAUUUUGGCUAUCUGAUAUGCUUCAAAGGUGGACUGAUGAAAAGGACUGGAUAAUUUACAG